AGUCUGCCGGCCCGCUUAGACUAAAGCCUCUCUGUGUGAAAGAGCCGGAGCGUCGCGGAGAAGUCUCCGUCCACCGCUCCGUCGCUCCAUUUUCUGCAGCCAAACAAACGAAUAAAACCAACCAUGAGCUUUUUUGUUCAUAAAUCUGCGUUUUCUCUUUUUAGCUUCUUGCUCGCUCUUGCCGGUGUUUGUUCUGGAGGUUCGGACGCGCCGCGGGGAGUCGCGGUCGGGUUCGUUUUCGAUCUCAAAGCGAAGUGCGACCCGCCGUGCGAACACGGAGGAGUCUGCAUCCGAAACAACACCUGUUUCUGCUCCAAGGGGUACGAAGGAGAGACGUGCCAGUACGCCAACUGUUUUCCCAAAUGUAAAAAUGGUGGAGCGUGUCUUCGUCCAGGAAAAUGCAGGUGCCUGCCAGGCUAUGAAGGAAGAUACUGUCACAAAGUGACGUGUGCCGGUGGAUGUUGGAACGGAGGGGAAUGCACCGCCGUCAACGGAGUGGCCAAAUGCAUCUGCCCUUCCAGCUGGACUGGAUCAAAAUGCCAGGAUGCAAUUUGUCCCCAAGGCUGCAGGAAUGGGGGGAACUGUGUGUCUCCAGGAAUCUGCAGCUGUCCAGAGGGAUGGGUCGGUGGUGCGUGCCACACUGCCGUCUGCAGUCAGACCUGCCUGAACGGAGGGAAGUGCAUUUCUCCCAACAAAUGCCGCUGUCGGCCGCUUUUCUCCGGUCCUCGCUGUGAGGAGAGGAAAAAAUCCCACUAAUCAUUUCCAGACUCCACUGCACGAAUUAUUCAUUUGUGACUCAAACGUUGUUCUGUGUAUCGUUUUUUUUACAUUUCUGGAAAAUAUGCAUUACAUUUUUUUAUAAAUCAAAUGGUUGUGCUUUGUUUUGUAAAAAUACUGUAAUUUGUCAUUAAAUAAUAAAAACUAA